UGAAGACAUUGCCGAAGAUGCUGAAGAGAUUGGCCGCGCCGGCGUCAUGCAGCAGCUGCCUUCUUGCCUUCCUCCUCGCCUUCGUCUCGCCCAGGUGUACGCUGUCUAUCGGUGCCGACAAAACUAUGGUGAACAAGGAGGAUUAUUAUAGCGCCACGGUCAACGCCACCGUUCUGAACCAUAAAGGCAAUCCUCAACAGAUGGUGACGAAGAAUGACGGGCGCUACGGGCAGAAUUCCCCCAAAACAGAGGCGAAGGGGAUCGUGAUAGCACCUGCUGCUGUUAAUGGGGCAGUGGAUUUGCAAGGCUGCAGUCCACACACCCGGUUCAUAGUCCCUCCGAAAAACACACACUGGGUGGCCAUUAUGCAGAGAGGGAAGUGCACCUUCAAGGAGAAGAUCCUUAAUGCAGCUGCUUUCAAUGCCUCGGCUGUCAUUAUCUACAAUAACAGCACCAAAGAGGACACAGUCACGAUGGCUCAUGAAGGCACUGGAGACAUAGUGGCGGUAAUGAUCACAGAGUCCUUUGGAAAGGAUAUUCUGGGAUUCCUGGAGAAGAACCAGACUGUGUUGGUGUCCGUGAUGGUUGGGUCACGAGGACUGCCCAAGAACAUCAACCGUGGCUCCUUGGUCUUUGUCUCCAUCUCCUUUAUCGUGUUGAUGAUUAUCUCCUCUGCUUGGCUGAUCUUCUACUUCAUCCAGAAGAUCAGAGACACCAGCGCACGGGACCGCAGCCAGCGACGGCUGGGAGAUGCUGCCAAGAAGGCCAUUAGCAAGCUGACUACCAGGACAGUAAAAAGAGGGGACAAGGAAACAGAGCCAGAUUUUAAUCAUUGUGCAGUGUGCAUUGAAGGUUAUCAGCUAAACGAUGUGGUCCGGAUCCUACCCUGCAAGCACGUCUUCCAUAAAAUGUGUGUGGAUCCGUGGCUAAAUGAGCACUGCACCUGUCCAAUGUGUAAACUCAACAUCCUCAAAGCUCUGGGAGUUAUGCCCAACCUGCCCUGCGUGGACAACAUGGCUUUUGACAUGGAUCGGAUGUCCCGCAGUCAGACUUCCAGCCAGAGGACAGCGCUGGUGGACUUGUCCUCUGAGACCAGCAUCAGUCUGGAGCCUCUACGCCACUCCAGUUCCUCCCAGCUUCCCUCCGACGAAGAGCUCAUUCCUCGCUCCGGAGAGAUCAACAUUGCUGUCACUAGUGGUCAUUUCUUCAACCGUAAUUCUGUGUCUCCGCGCAGCGUCGUCUGUGAGAUGGAGCUUCCAGACAUUCAGGCGUCGCUGGACAUGUACGACGACAACAAAUCCUGAGGACACGCACCUCAUCCUCCUCCAGCCCAUUCCUCCAUCAUCCUCUCCCCGACCCCAGAUUGCGGGGAACAACAUUUAUGAGUGUGAAACAGAGUACUGACAGUGAGCACACUGACUCUGGCGAUAAACUCUACCACUGUAGAAUGAUCUUCAGAGCGAUCAAGUGGACGUGAUUGGACUAUUGCACCAUCAUCAGCCUCCUUAGACUUUUACACUUACUUUUUGAAAGACUAUUUCAAAAGAUAUCUUUUCACAGAUGGCUGUGGGAAGUACCUCUUAGUUCAUUUCUCCGGUCUCCUCGGUUAUCCACAAAUGUUGUUGUGUAUGUAAUUUGCUGACCGUUUUUAAGUUCCCAUGCUUAAUAUUGUUCCAGAUGGGGAAAGCUCUUCUCUCGUGGACAGUCGUGAAAGCAGGAUCGGAAACUGAGCCUUUAUAGAAGAGCUGUCUGCUUUGUAUCUCUGCUUUUGUAGCGAAACAAGAUGCAAACGAACUCGUCCUUCAUAUGCUGAAAUGCUGCAGCUUCACGUUUAGUGCUGGCCCGUUAGCACUCGAAACUCCUCGACAAAUCACCGUUACUUCCUUGUAGAAAUAUAUACAGUAUUUCUCUGUACAUAGAAUGAAAAUGUUUUAAACAUGUAUUUAAAGAAAAUCCUAUGGAAUACCUACAGCGAAUACUAAUCAGUUCCAAGCAAGGGGACCUAAUAUAUAUAUGAAUAUAUACAGUAUUUGCAUAUAAUAAUUCAUAUAUAUCUCUCUCUCUCUCUCUCAUUCUCUCUCUCUCAAGUGGCCUCUUAGCACAGUUUGUCUUUCCUGGAUCUUGUCCGUGCACAAGAGUGUCUGUCUCUUUUGCGUUCUCGUUUUCGUAACCAGUUUUUGGGGGAUGGCAUUGUGACCAUGCUGGCCUGCACUCACAGAGAUCGUUGUGCUGAUUCUGCAUCAGUUUUGUUUUCUGUCAUAUGUGGUUGCAGUCAGGACAGGGCUGAAGCUCUACUCUGAGACACUCAGUGAGUAAAGGCUCUGCUUUAAUGUGGGUCAUGAUAUGGGCUACCUAUGUUACAUACUGCCUCAGCAUUAAACUUGUCAUAAUUGCC